UUUUAUUGUGUCUAUAAAUAGUGGCUGUUCUGUUACAUUUAACAUUGCAGUACUCACGCACAAAAAUUUCACGCGCUUUUUAAGUUUCUGUAGUGAUUGAUCUAGAAGCUAAAUUUUGCUAAAAAAAAGAAUAGGAUAAUGGAGGGAAAGGUAUUGAAACCAUCAAGAUUCAAGAGGGUUUGUGUGUUUUGUGGUAGCAGUACUGGGAAGAGAAAAUGCUACAGAGAUGCUGCUACUGAACUAGGUCAAGAGCUGGUGGCAAAAAGGUUAGAUCUUGUGUAUGGAGGUGGAAGCAUUGGACUGAUGGGCUUGGUUUCUCAAGCUGUUCAUAGUGGUGGAGGCAAUGUUCUUGGGAUCAUACCAAGAACUUUGAUGAGCAAAGAGAUCACAGGAGAAACAGUUGGAGAGGUAAAGCCAGUAGCCGACAUGCACCAAAGAAAGGCAGAAAUGGCCCGCAAUUCUGAUUGUUUUAUAGCGCUACCAGGUGGCUAUGGCACUCUGGAGGAGUUAUUAGAAGUGACUACUUGGGCUCAGUUAGGCAUCCAUGACAAACCUGUGGGUUUGCUUAAUGUUGAUGGCUACUACAAUUAUCUUCUGACAUUCAUUGACAAAGCCGUGGAUGAUGGCUUUAUCAAGCCUUCUCAACGCAACAUCAUUGUCUCUGCACCAAAUGCCAAAGAACUUGUUCAAAAACUUGAGGAGUACGUGCCUGUGCUUGAUGGAGUUAUAGCCAAGGCAAGCUGGGAGAUUGAGCAGCAACAACAGGUGGCGUUCAAUGCUACAACUUUGCAUACUGAAGUUGCUUUAUAAAGGAGAGACAAUAUAAAGGAAGAUACGAAGUUAGGGAUAAAAAGGUGCUUUAGGCUUUCUUUCUUUGCUUUUUAGUCUUGAUUUUGGUUCACAUACCAACGAUUCCAUAAUGUUCUGGUUCGGUAUGAAUGACUUGGGAUUAGAGGAGUGAAAAAAGUGACAAGUGGGUCUUUUUUGUGCAUGCUUUACUAGCACUUCAUCAAAGGAAGAAGGCAGUCAAAAUUUUACUUGGGUUAUUAAGAUUGUAGUAGUGAUAUUUUGUACCUUGAAUUAUGUUUAUGUUCAAAUGAUUAAUAUCCA